AUGAGUAUAUUGAUCUGCGUAGUCGCUUGGUUAGUGUUGCUUUCUAUCAAAAUCUGCAAUGGCAUAGUUGUGCUUGGCAAGGCUUGCAUCCAUGUAACUGCUUAUAGAGAGCUGCAGGCUCGUGCGGAAUACGAUUUAUAUCGUAGGCGCAUGGUUGAGAAAAAGAGUAAAAGCGUUCCAAAUUCGCCAAAGAUCAGCUUGGUGGAUUUUUCAGACGUUUUGCAUCAAACGGCUGGAGUCAAGGGAUACACAAUCUCUGAUCUUAUCAACCAAUGGGAUGAUCUUGAAUUGACAAAUGAAAGGAAAAGUGUGGAACGAGACCGCGACGAGCAACGGCCACCUCGCAGAACACAGAGUCUUGCUCAGAUUGAGACCUGCCAUAAACGAGACAAAAGCGAACCGCCCUCAGCCAUACCCGAAGCUGAAGAGAAGUCUUCCAAGGACGAUUCGUCAACUACUACAGAGAAGGGAGCGAAAGAGAAGGAAAAAGUCGAUGCUGGUCCAAUAAGCCCAAAAAAGAAAAUGGCACAACCUUCCACCGAUUGCGAAGGGCUUGCCGAUGUUACAGCAUACAAGAUGCUUCCAGCAGAGCAGGGAGUACAACGAAUAGAAUAA